AUGGUUGGGGCCGCCGAUAAGAGAAGUCAGUAUAUUUCAUUUGAUGGCUACAAGUCUCCGUCAAACUAUAUCGUUGUGAUUGGAGACCAGAACCUCAACACGGUAGAUCCCUACGAGCAAAGAAUCGCCGUGGUGAACAUCACGAUUCAUCCCCAAUGGACCCCUUCCACCGUGAACUACGAUUACGCCUUGCUGAAGCUGGCGAGACCGCUCAACUUCACGGGAAGCGAGAAGGCACUCAUGCCCAUCUGCCUUCCGACGCUCAACCAGGGAUUCGACGGCAUGACCUGCACCGCUAGCGGAUGGGGACUCACGAAAGACAAGUCCCAGGGAGGAAACGUAUCCCAAUCCCUUCAGAAGGUCGAUUUGCCCAUCGUGUCUUACUUAACCUGCUACUUUAACUACUUUUUCGUUAAUACGGUUGUACAAAACACCAUGAUCUGUGCCGGUCCCAGAGUUGGCGGAAAAGGAACCUGCCAGGGCGACUCCGGGGGGCCCCUGCAGUGCGCCAGGUCCGACGGACGCUACGUGCUGGCCGGAAGUACGUCGUGGGGAACGACGUGUGCGGCGGCCAAUCAGCCCUCCGUGUUUGCGAGAAUCUCUCCCCAGGUCAACUGGAUCAACAGCGUCGCUGGCCCGACCCCGUGAAUUCGCCCUGGUUUCCAUCGAGCGCCCGCUCUUUUUUCUUUGCAUUAAAAACUGUCCGUGU